AGUACCCCCUUGGGACCCGACCGGGCAAUGAAGGGCUCAAAGGAACAAUGGCCACCAAGCAGUCACAUCUCGCAGAAGACCUGUCAUGCCCCAUCUGUGGAAGUAUCCUGCAAAAGCCCGUAGUGCUCUUUUGCAGACAUCGAUUCUGUAAAGUUUGUCUGGAGAGCCUGUGGAAUGGUGGAGGAUCUUGCGAAUGCCCCCUUUGCUGUCAGCCAUCAUCUAUGGGGGAGCUCAUAGUCAAUACCAUGCUUGAGAAGACCUGCGAAGGCUUUCUGGAGCGCUGCAAAAAUGACCCUCUUGCGUGCAAGGAGCAUGUUGAGGCCUUGACACUCUUUUGUUUAGAGGACCUAGAACCCACUUGCAGCAAAUGCAAGUCAUCUGCCAAUCACCAGGGCCACAGGUUAUAUCCAUUAAAUGAAGCUUCACAUGACUGUAAGGAGGAACUGAAAAAUGCUUUGAAACCACUUCAGGAAAAACUGAAGCUCUUCCGAAAAGUGAAACUCACUUGUGAGCAAACAAUAGAUCAUAUUAAGAGGCAGGCAGAGAACACGGAGAGGCACAUACGAAAGGAGUUUGAGGAGCUGCACCAGUUCCUGCGAGGCGAGGAAGCAUCCAGACUUUCCAUGCUAAAGCAAGAGAAGGAUCAGAAAAGGCAGAUGAUGAGCGAUAAGAUUGAAGAUUUGGAGAAUGACAUCACUUCACUCAGCAACACCAUAAGAACUGUCGAACAGCAGAUGAGAUCUCAGGAUAUCCCAUUCCUCAAGAAUUAUAAAGACACCAUAAAGAGAACCUGGCGUGUUCCCCAGGAUCCAGAGAUGAUAACCGGUUCACUGCUUGAUAUAGCCAAACAUCUAGGCUCAUUAAAGUUUAAAGUCUGGGAAAGAAUGAUGGAAAUCAUUCAAUACACUCCAGUGACUCUUGAUCCAAACACCGCGGCGAGCUGCUUUCUCCUGUCAGAGGACCUGACUACAAUACAGUGCUGCUCUCAUACCUUUAAACUCCCAGAAAACCCUGAGCGCUUCGAUAUAGGUGCAGAGGUGUUGGGCUACGAGAGCUUCAGCUCUGGGCGACACAGCUGGGACGUGGAGGUCAAAAACAACACCUACUGGGUCAUUGGAGUUGUAAGCACAUCUGUCAGCCGGAAGGGAAAGCAUGUGUUGACCCCUGCAGAGGGAUUCUGGACCAUUAGGCUACGAAACGGAGAGUAUAAAGCCUGUACUGCCCCAUGGUCCCCACUCACUAUGACUAGGGAGCCACAGGUGGUGAGAGUCAUAUUGGACAUGAACAGGUCCAGGGUGACUUUCUACGACCCACGAGAGAGAACGCCUCUAUUUACCUACACAGACAUCAUCACUCCGAGAGCAUUUCCAUACUUCUGCAGCGCCUGUAAGGAACACCCAUUGAAAGUGUUGCCAGCUUGGAUCUCUAUUAAGACAGACUGAUGUGAAGAAUGUCCCUCUCAGCGUUUCUUUCCUCAAGGCUCACCUCUCAUGUUACGUGUUGGUGAGCUAGGAUGAAAAUAACCUUCAGUUCCACUUGUUUUUGAGUUUAAAAACCUGUGGUUUUCAAAAGGUGAAUGUUGUCAAAACGGUCAAUGCUUAGAUCACAUUUUACUUGGGAGAAAAUGAAAUAAGGGGUGAUGAGAUAUACCCAUAUUGACAAUAAUAUUGACAUUAAGAAAAAUAAAUAUUAAUAUCACAGUAGUAGACUGUAUUGCA